AUCGUCGUAGCGUGGGAGAUAAAGAGAGUACACGGCGCUUCGUGCUGAACGUGCUUGCUCGUCGCCGUUAGCGGGAUCUUCGGCCACGUUAUUCUUGAAAUAUACUCGACAAACGAAACGCGUUUACAUAUAUCUUUGUGUAUAUGGCUUCAGUUGAGGAAUUGGAUCAUCAGGUCGACAGCGGCAUGGGCAGCAGCGACGGGCGCUCCCCCGAGGUGAAAUCGCUCCUCCACGAUGACGAGGACGAUGAUGAGGAAGAUGAAAGCUUAACAGAAAGAUUAUUAGGACUCACUGAAAUGUUUCCUGAACCAGUACGCAAUUUUGGAUACAAUGUUGGAACCUGCCUGUGCACAUGUGCCAAAGGUUUAUACUCGUAUUCGUGUUCAGCUACAUGGCUGAUAUUUAGUUCAUCCACCAUUCUCUUCGCACCAAUUAUUUUCGAGAUGGAACGUGCACAAAUGGAAGACCUACAACGUACACAACAAAAGCAAGUUCUCUUAGGCCCUAACACAGCUUUGUCUGGUGUGAACUCUUCGGGUCUUCCAAUGGCACCACCUGUUCAGCGAUAGACCAUUACGUAAUAAAUCACCAUUACAUACACACACAUGUAUACAAAGCACACACAAAAAUGUCCAAAUAACAAAAAAGUUAAUUGGGUCUCCUGUUCAAUUGUGUAUUAUGAAUUAUGGAAUUUUACACAAAUUGUGAAUAUAACUAACAAUUUCUACUAGACGGGAGCUCACAAAUCGAAUGUGUUAUUCGCCUAACUGGAAUAAUUCUUGCAAAGUAAAAGUGCAUAAAGCAAAAUUUGAAGUAACUAAAACUUAAAUCGCUCAAUAUGAAGAAUAGCUGCAUGCAUCGGUCUAGUCUAUUUUCUUUUAUCUUUACACUUACAUAUGAUUAUCGUUCCUCUUGGUAAAUUUUACUAAGAAUUAACGUGCUGUGGUGUCGUGCGGCAUUUUAUUAUUUUAUCAGUGCGUAAAGAAGCUGCGAUAACGUUUUCGUUCAUCAAAAAGCAACAUCCGUCUGUUGUGAAUAAACAAUUGAGAGAAAUUGGGUAUGCAAUUAUUUAUAAUAAUUACUACACAAUUUGUUGCUGAAGAUGUGGUAAUUAUCGUUCACCACGUGUGUUAUCAUCUUUAAUAUAUUUCCUGUUAUAUUGUAAAAAGAAUAAAUAAAGACAUAGCGAAGUAGUGUCUCUAAUUCUUCUGUUAUUUGACUUUUUGUGCAUUUUUCUGUAAAAUUGAUGAGUAAUAAAUACAACAGCUCU